UUUUUCUUCUCUGUCUUUGUUCAGUCUCUUCUGGUUGGACACACAAACACAAACGCAGCUCGUGAGGAGUUGGCGAGCGAGCGAGUGGGUACAGGUGAAGAUCUGAUGAUGAAGGUGAUGAAGAUGAUGAAGAUGAAGUCAUGGAUCACUGCUGUGAGGCUGUUGACAGCUUUAUUAAUUCUGCACGUGACACCAGCAGCAACCAAUCCCAUCGAUGUACUGAAGACUUUGGACCUAUCGGAUUCCAUGGAGGGCGUGUCGUUGGAGGCGGGGCUUUGCGUAAGCAGGCGGGGCUCAGAGGAGGCGGAUCUUGCGUAUAAGAUUGACAAAAAAAUUCAAGUCAGCAUCCCCACCAAACAGCUUUUCCCAGACUCAGGGUUUCCGGUGGACUUCUCAGUGAUGGUGACGGUGCGGGCGAGACGCGGCGCUCAGUGUUUUCUCCUCUCGGUGUAUGACGGUGAGGGUGUGCAGCAGUUGGGCGUCGAGCUCGGACGCUCUCCCGUCUUUCUUUAUGAAGACCACAACGGUCAGCCGACCCCUGACCUCUACCCCGUCUUCAAAAAGCUCAACCUGGCUGACGGCAAGUGGCACAGACUGGCGUACAGUGUGGAAGGUCAGAAGGUCACGCUUUUUCUGGACUGUCAAGAGGUGGCGACCCUUGACCUCCCCAGAGGUGAGAAUCCUAAGGUCAGCACUGAGGGAGUGACUGUGUUCGGCACCAGACUCCUGGAUGAAGAAGUGUUUGAGGGAGAGAUCCAGCAGUUGUUGAUCGCUGCGGACCCCAGAGCUGCUGCCAGUUACUGCCACACCUACAUUCCUGACUGUGACUCCGCCCUUCCUUAUAGCAGCCUAUCACUGGACCCUGUGGAGAUCCAGAGACCCUCCAGAAAACCAGUAGAAGAAGACUUUGACGACCUCUACAGUGACCUUUACAGUGACCUCGCUGUGACCUCAACGCUUUCACCAACAGACUAUGAGGUGGUGGAGUAUGAGGACUCUGAUAAUGUCACAGAAUAUUUUAAGGAAUACACAGAAUAUCAUGAAUAUGAUGAGUAUGACUAUCAGCCGGCAGAGAGAGAACAACAGAUCUACAAUGGACAGUCUUCACUCGGUCCAGAGAAAGGGCAGAAAGGAGAGCCGGCAGUGUUAGGAGAGGGGACUCUUGUUAUGGGACCUCCUGGUCUUCACGGCCCUGAGGGUGAGCCGGGUGAGGCCGGAGCGAUGGGUCCUCCAGGACCGAUUGGAGAUCAAGGAGACCUGGGCCCUGAGGGUCGUCCAGGAUUGGCAGGGGCUGAUGGGAUACCUGGUCCUCCAGGCACUCUGCUCAUGCUGCCAUUUCAGUUUGGUGGUGAUGCUAGUCAAGGGCCGGUGAUAUCAGCUCAAGAAGCUCAAGCUCAAGCAAUCCUACAGCACACAAAGCUGUCUUUGAAAGGUCCACCCGGACCGCUGGGACUCAUCGGACGUCCCGGUCCACUGGGUUCUUCAGGGUCGAGGGGGUUGAAGGGGGAUCAUGGAUCAACAGGACCGCCGGGUCCUCGUGGGUUACCAGGUCUUCCAGGACAGAAUGGUAAAAUGGGGAAAAGAGGCCGUGGAGGGAGUGAUGGAGGCCGAGGUGAACCAGGUGAAACAGGAGCUAAAGGUGACAGAGGGUUUGAUGGGUUACCGGGUCUUCCUGGAAACAAUGGUCACAGGGGAGAUACAGGCAAGAAAGGGCCAGCCGGUCCACCAGGAGGCCCUGGAGAAAAAGGGUCAGACGGGCAGUCGGGUCCGAGAGGUCAGCCAGGAGAGCCUGGUCUGGCGGGGUUGACAGGAACGCGGGGUCCACUCGGCCCUCCGGGACUGCAGGGUGUCCGUGGAGUUGAUGGACCUCAGGGUUCAAAGGGAAAUCUGGGACCCGCUGGAGAACCCGGAGCACCAGGACAGCAGGGAAACCCAGGAUUCCAGGGUUUUCCGGGACCUCAGGGAGCGAUUGGAUUACCAGGAGAAAAGGGUCCACAGGGGAAGAAGGGAAUGAAGGGGUUACCGGGUGUGGACGGUCCAUCGGGUCAUCCAGGACGAGAGGGACCACCGGGAGAGAAAGGCCUGCCGGGUGCAACAGGUGUUCAGGGGCCUGUGGGAUAUCCUGGACCCAGAGGAGUCAAAGGUGCUGAAGGGCUCAGGGGACUGAAGGGCAGUAAAGGAGAGAAGGGUGAAGAUGGUUUCCCAGGAGCAAAAGGAGAAAUGGGUGCUAAAGGAGACACUGGAGACUCAGGAGCUCUAGGUGUGCGAGGUGAAGAUGGUCCUGAGGGUCCUAAAGGUCAGAGUGGACCUUUGGGUGAAGCUGGACCGGCAGGCAUCGCUGGAGAAAAGGGGAAACUGGGGGUUCCUGGUUUACCUGGUUACCCGGGCCGUCAGGGUCUGAAGGGUGCUGAUGGUUUUCCAGGACCUGUGGGACUUCUAGGUGAAAAAGGGAAGAAGGGUCCACCAGGUCCUGCAGGGACCGCCGGUCAGAGGGGUCCGAAUGGUGCUCGAGGAGGGAGGGGUGCAAGAGGUCCCACUGGCAAAUCAGGAGAAAAGGGGUCUGCAGGACAUGACGGCCCUCCAGGAACCACAGGAGAGAGAGGGCCACAAGGACCUCAGGGACGAAUAGGAGAGACGGGUCCCAAAGGGCCUAAUGGGCCUGCGGGGAAGGACGGUCUGCCGGGUCAUCCGGGCCAGCGGGGGGAGCCGGGUUUUCAAGGAAAGACUGGACCCCCGGGACCCACCGGUGUUGUUGGACCACAGGGUAAUUCAGGAGAAACAGGACCGAUGGGUGAGAGAGGACACCCGGGACCCCCAGGACCAGCUGGAGAGCAUGGUUUACCUGGAGCCGCUGGGAAGGAGGGUGCAAAGGGAGAUCCUGGAGGUUCGGGAACUUCGGGCAAGAGCGGUCCACAGGGUCUGAAAGGUUUCCGUGGUAGUCGAGGAGCACCGGGUGCCAUGGGGUCGAUUGGAUUGAAGGGAGGGGUGGGGCCUGUCGGACCCCCAGGACUUGCUGGACCCACAGGUGAGCGAGGACCGGCUGGACUGGCCGGUGCGAUCGGUCAGCCUGGACAGACUGGAACCAUCGGUGGAGCUGGACCAAUGGGAGAGAAAGGAGAGCCGGGAGACAAGGGUCUGAUCGGACCUGCGGGUCAGGAUGGAGAACAGGGUGCUGUGGGUUUACCAGGAGCUGCGGGACCUCCUGGACCCCCGGGAGAGGAUGGUGAUAAGGGUGAGACGGGGGCUCCAGGACAGAAAGGCAGUAAAGGAGAUAAAGGAGAAUCUGGUCCUUCAGGUCCAGCUGGUGUUCAGGGACCCGAGGGACAGCCUGGAGCUCCAGGUGUGGACGGAGAGCCCGGGCCUCCAGGACAACAGGGCAUGUACGGUCAGAAGGGAGAUGAAGGUCUCAGAGGGUUUAAAGGAUCCAGGGGACCGACGGGUUUACAGGGAAUGCCAGGUCCUCCUGGAGAGAAAGGUGAAAGUGGACACUCUGGUCUGCUGGGUCCUCCAGGUCAGUUCGGCCCGAGAGGAGCUCAGGGUCCCUCUGGCGGACAGGGUCCUCCCGGUCGUCCUGGAGUGCGUGGUCAGCCCGGCGCUGUGGGUGAGAAGGGUGAAGAGGGGGAAUCUGGAGAUCCUGGACCUGUGGGAGUCUCAGGGGGCACAGGCGAGAAGGGCGAGAUGAGUGAGAAAGGAGACACGGGACCACCAGGAGCUGCAGGUUCCCCCGGAGCCAGAGGACCUUCAGGAGAAGACGGAGCUAAAGGAAAUCUGGGUCCUAUUGGUUUUCCUGGAGAUGCCGGAGCUCCUGGAGAGCCGGGUGUGAACGGCAUCGACGGCGCCGUGGGUUCUAAGGGAGACAAUGGAGAUCCUGGAAAACCUGGACCUCCAGGAGCCUCGGGAGAGCCUGGACCACUGGGAAGACCAGGACGACGAGGUCAUUUAGGUCCUCAAGGAAAGGAGGGGCGUCCGGGUCUGAAAGGAGAUAAGGGUGCUCUAGGAUAUGAGGGCGUUCUGGGGAAGCCCGGGCCGGUAGGGGGUCAGGGGAACCCGGGGAAAAACGGACCUCAGGGACUUCCAGGAAUACCUGGACCAGCGGGGGAACAGGGUUUGAAUGGACCUCCAGGGCAAACUGGACCUCCUGGACCCAUGGGCCCAGGGGGACUCGCAGGAAUGAAAGGAGAUCCCGGCAAGAAAGGAGACAAGGGUCAUGGUGGUCUGAUUGGUCUGAUCGGUCCUCCGGGUGAGUUUGGAGAGAAAGGUGAUCGAGGACUGCCAGGAAACCAGGGACCACAGGGAGUGAAGGGCGACGAGGGUCCAAAUGGACCUCUAGGAUUCAGCGGACCACCUGGACCAGCAGGACUCUCAGGAUCUAUGGGACAGAAAGGAUCUAAAGGAAACCAGGGCCCUAUUGGACCGAGAGGAGACACCGGUCCUGCAGGACCCCCAGGAGCACCAGGUUCUCCUGCAAUAGGAGGGGCAUCUCCUCUGGGAUUGGAUGGAAACAGGAAGAGGAGGAGACAUUCUGAUGUAGAUGGAGCAGCUGUCGAGGAUGCAGAGAUGAUGAUGGAUGAUGAUGAUGAUGAUGAUGGAGUGAUGCAGGACGAAAGUGUUCAGGUGGAGGAGAAGAACAUGGAGGAGGUGUUUGCAUCUUUGACCUCUAUGAGAACAGAUGUGGAGGGACUCAGAACUCCACUGGGCACCUACCACAGUCCAGCACGCACCUGUAAAGAACUCUACAUGUGUCACCCUGAAUAUCCUGACGGUGUGUACUGGAUUGACCCAAAUCAGGGUUGCCAUAGAGACGCCUUUAAAGUGUUCUGUAACUUCACAGCAGAAGGUGAAACGUGUUUGCAGCCUCACAGCAGCUUACAGGCGGUCAAGAUGUCGUCCUGGAGUAAAGAGAAACCAGGAACCUGGUACAGCCACUUCAAGAAGGGCUCACAGUUCUCGUAUGUAGAUGUGGAUGGGAACUCCAUUCAUGUUGUUCAGUUGGGUUUCUUGAGGCUGUUGAGUGCGACGGCUCGUCAGAGUUUCACAUACGUGUGUCAGAACUCAGCUGGCUGGCUAGACAGCGCCUCCCUCAGCUACAAACACGCACUGCGCUUCAGAGGAGCCAACGCAGACCAGCUGACACAACAAAACACACACUAUAUACAGCCAACAUAUGAUGGCUGCCAGGGGCGCUCGGGUCAGGAUCAGACGGUCCUGUUGGUUGAUGCGCCUCAGACUGAUGUUCUUCCUCUCAUGGACGUGUCUGUGAUGGAUUUUGGGAAGUCAAAGCAGAAGUUUGGUUUCAGUGUGGGGAGCGUCUGCUUUAACGGUUAAAGACUCUUUAUUCAUCACUGCUGAGCCACAGCCAAUCAGCUGUCUCAUUUAUCACAUCAACAGGAAGUUGUGCUGGAGGAUGCCCAUGUGACCCCAUGACUAACUAGUGCACUGCACAAACAUUUCCUUUGACACACAGAUUCAGUGCAGGUGUUGUUGUUUACCUCAUGAAAUCAUGUUUAUUGUUUAUUGUGUUGUGAAUGAUUGUGGAUGUAUUUGUGUGUGUGUGCGUGUGAUUGGUGCUACAUGACAUCCUGUUUGAACUUGUUUACAUGUAAUGAACUGUAUGUGAGUAUUAUUGUUUCUCUUUUAGAAUAACUUCCUUCAGUGGAAGAUAUUCACACGCUUGUUUUAUUGAUUAAUAUAGAUAUGAAAAUAUAAACACUGCCUUUUGAAUAAAUAUAGUUUGGGAGGAGAG